AUGAGUAGCUCUGAUUCCGUUGUGAGUCUUAACGUCGGCGGUCACAUCUACACAACCGCCCGAUCCACCCUGACCCGUUUCCGAGACUCCGUGUUGGGCGCCAUGUUUGGCAGAGACUUUGACGCCUUGCGCGACGACCAGGGGAGGUACUUCAUCGAUCGGAACGGCAGGCUGUUCGAACAUGUGCUCAACUUCCUCCGUACAACCCAGCUAGUCCUUCCUGAAGACUUCAAAGAACUCCCUCUGCUCGAGAUUGAAGCAGACUUCUACCAGAUCCAGCCGCUCAUUGAAGCACUGAAAAGCUACAAGGCCAGUAUUAACCAACCCUGUGCUCAGGACUUUGUGUCAUUUUCUGUUCGACAUUCGGGGGGAGAUUCGGGUGCACCCUAUGUAUUUGUAGGUGCUAAUACUCAAGAAGUUGAGGAUACAGUGAACAACAUGGUACAGACCCUUGGAAGCCAAAUGUUUCAAAAAUAUUUCGCAAGUCGUAAAUGUUUACCGUAUGAAACGUACGUGGCCACGCUGCUCGGAAAGCUCCAUGAGAUGGGAUUUACUGUUCAGAGUUUUGUAGCCAGUAGCGGCGUGCCGACAUGGGUCAUGGUGCGAACAAGACCCAGGAACUCUGAGACAAAAGAACCUUAA